AUGGAGUCUAGCCUCUUGUUAGAUAGCAGCACUGCUUCACCGGCUGGAUCCUCCUUGAUUCGAGCGAGCAUCCAUCUUUUCUUUGACUUGGCUUUGCCGUCGGGGUCUCAGCUGGGGUUGCAGACAGGUCGCCGCCGCUGCGAGGAAAGCGCCGCCUCCUUUUUUGCCAGCAGCAGCAUCAUCAAUCACCUCGCCUCUCCUGUGCUCGACCCUCUUUCAUCCAUCCUCCCCCCUCCCCUGGAAACGAACGUCCUGCCGGCCUCGAAAACGGUGGUAGUCCAUACGUCGUUCAACUUGUCUCUCCUCCCCCCUGCGCGAGGCGGCGCCGCAGACUUGUCCCAACGACCUCCUACCGCCCCUAACGACCGUAACGCGAUCCACGAGACCACGCAUUCGCCCAAGCAACGCCAGCAGCAGCAGCAACAGCAACACGCGCUGUCGCAGCCUCCUCACGAGCCUCUCACCCGGCUUUCCACCCCGUCUACGCCGCACAAGUCUCUCCGCCGGACCCCCAAGUUCGACUCUGCGCCCACGUCCAAACCCCCCCAGCCGGAACGUCGCGUUCACAUCGCCGCUGCCUCCGCGGGCUUCUACCCCAGCCUUGUCUCCUUUGCUGAUUCCGACUCGUCCCUCACCGGGCUUGGGCUAUCGCUGUUUGACGAGGCUGACAAGGAGAAGCGCCAGCAGUCGGAGACUCAGCGAUCGCGUCAAGAUCCCCCGGACACUGCGCAAGCCCAGAAUCCGGAGGCUCCUCCUAGUGACGUUGCGCAGCAGCCAAAGCUCAAGACCCCUCGCAUCUCCAAGCACACCCACGACGCGAUCCUCUUCGCCCUAGAGGAGGCUCUCCGUGGACCUCACCCCUUCACAGCAGACGAGGUCGAAGAAUCCGCCAGCAUGUCCGACCUGAUGACCGGUGGCCACCCAGCCAAUGGCGCUGCCCUUGCUCCUGGCCGCAUGCCGGCCGCCGCGCCCGCGCCCACAAGUUCACCGUCAGGCAUUAGGGGUCCUAGGAUGAUCAUGCAGGAGCGAGCAGCCAGAGAAGCGCGCCAGAGGGCAGAAGCCCGGCAGAGAGCCGAAGUUGAGCAGCAGGCACUGGAGAAGAGUCGCGCCGAGCAGGAGGCGCGCGUGCAGCAGGAAACGGAGCGUCGCAAUGCCGAACGGCGCGCUGCUGGCGUUGCUGCUGGCCAAGGCAUGACUGCCGACGGCCAGCACCCCAUCAAUCCCUCACACAUGGGCCAGACCGCCCUGGACCCGUCACAUCCUCCGCGAGCUGCCGUCCCGCCCAACCAGGCCCUGCCGUCCCAGCAGCGCCCAGCGCAGAUGGCGGGCAACCAGCAACACCACACCCCUCCCCAGGCAUUCCCGGCCGGGAACCCAGCGGCGCAACAGCAUGGCGACGCGGCUGUCGAUCCCACCAAGCCGCGCAACUCGUUCCCCCAUGCCUUUGAACGGUGGGAGACGCUGUCUGCCCACUGGGAAGGGCUGACGAGCUACUGGAUCCGCAAGCUCGAGCAGAACAAGGACGACAUCAACCGCGACCCCCUGAGCCAGCAGCUGGCACGGCAGGUUACGGAUCUGUCCGCGGCUGGCGCCAACCUCUUCCACGCCGUGGUCGAGCUGCAACGCCUGCGCGCCAGCUCCGAGAGGAAGUUCCAAAGGUGGUUCUUCGAGACCCGGUCCGAGCUGGAGCGCGCCCACGAGGUGAACGCCAUGCUGGAGGCGGCCCUCGACAAGGAGAGGAGGGAGCGCGAGCAGGCCAUCCGCGAAGCCAUCGACCACGAGCGCGGCGUGUCCAAGACCCAGAAGCAGCUCGCAGAGAUGAGAAAGGAGCUCGCCAUUUCCAAGGAGGAAGCGCGCCGGGCGUGGGAGGAACUCGGGCGUCGCGAGCAGGAGGAACGCGAUAGGACCCUGUCGCUCCAGUCCGGGCAUCCCACCGUCGUGGGCGGAGUCCAGGUAGUGCCAAUGACCCAGGGCGGCGGCCCCAGCCGCCACAGUAGCACCAGGGAGCACGGAGGCUACCAGUCCGAUUACCAGCGGCCGGCGUAUUCCAUCGAGCAGGCUGCCCAGGGCCGAGGACAGACCACCGCGGGAAGCAGCAGCUCCGGACAGGGACAAUACCAAUCUUCUGGCCACCAGGAUGAUCCGAGCCGUCGCGCAGGCGCUGGCUCCGAGGGCGGUUACAGCGAAGGUUCUGAUUUGGAUCCAGAAGACUACGACACCCCGGCCACGACAAACCCCAGCGGCGCCAACAUGCCCUCGUCAACAUCGGGCCCCCAGCCCCAGUGGACCGGUGCCUACUCCAGCCCGCAGGACUACUCCGGCCAGGGCUACGGGACUCCGGGAUGGGACACGGUGCCCAGGCAUCAUCACCCCACGCGGCUGAGCGACGUCAUUGAGGAGGAGGAUGAGAGGAGCCGCACCAGCGCCAGCCAGAGUCGAAUUUAG